AUGAGAAUAUGUUUUCUGGCACUUUGCCCGCUUGCAUGGUGCCGAGUGGCCAUGAAGGUGAUAGAAGCCAUCCAGGAAAGCAGGAAAAAGUCGAGCAUGCCCCUUCUAAAGGUGACCAGCACGAUGAACGAAAUAGCCAGGGACAGAGCCGAGUCUCUGGCCGAAGCCUCUGAGCUCGUAAACAAAACGGAGUAUCUGUGGGACUUGGCGCGCAAGCACGGGUACAAGCCCGUUGCCAUGGGGGAGAACAUAGGAAAGAGCAUAAACAAAGAGAUGGACGGAAUGGACAUUUUUCGGGAGUGGAUAAAGUCGGAGACCCACCGAGAAAACAUUGUCGCAGCACCGGAGUAUACGCACAUGGGCGUGUACUAUUUGAAGGCCGAGAACAACAUAUACAUAUCCGCAGUCUUUGGGCAGGUGAAGGAAGAUGCUGUGAAAGAGAAAAAAUCCCAGGAAAAGCCCAAAGAAGAAGACACGUCGGGGCUCGCCAUAAAAAGCAGCAGGUUUGCUUCUGAGCCGCCCAAGGACCCGCAGCCGCCGGGUAAGGCCCCUUCUGCGCCUGCCCUGGGAAAUCCCUCGGAAAAGAGUGCGCCUGCUAUGGGGCAGAAGGCGGUUUUAACGCAGGUGGGAAAGAGCGCUAGCUCGUUCGAGCUUGUAUACCCAAACGGCAUGGACUUAAAGGACGCAAUUAUGGCAAAGAUGCCCGUCCAGCUAGUUCUCCAGGCAAGCGAGGAGGUGAAGGCAAAGGCGCAAGUGCCGCCUGCGGGAAAAGAGGCGCCUUCUGGCACUCCCGCGCAGGCCCCGUCCAAUCCCAGCAGAAGUCCUGCACAAAACACUCUUCUGAAGCUAAUUAUGGUGCAACCAGUAAGAAACAGCAAGACGCCGUAG